AUGGAAUUGGGUGUCUUUAGUGUUUUUGUUGGUGCUUCAGUACUUGUUUUCUUGGGUGGUGUUGAAGUGGGCUUCUCACAAAGUGAAGCAUAUGCAAGGAAUUAUAUUAGCUGGGCUGAUUUGAAGGUGGAUGAGCAGAAGGUGGGGCUGAACUUCAGAAAUGAAUUCGUUAACGGAAGCCGGGUCAUUGUGGUGGACAAGAACGGAGGAGGAGAUUCUCUUACAGUUCAAGGAGCAGUUGAUAUGGUUCCAGAACAGAAUACAGAGAGAGUCAAAAUUUACAUUCUUCCUGGAAUUUACAGAGAGAAGGUACUUGUACCGGUUUCCAAGCCAUACAUAUCAUUCAUUGGGAACCAGAAUCAAACUUCUGAUACUGUAAUUACUUGGAACAACAAGGCAUCUGAUAAGGACGAUACCGGUUGUGAACUUGGAACAUAUAAAACUGCGUCUGUAGCUAUAGAGGCUGAUUACUUCUGUGCAACUGGGAUCACUUUCGAGAACUCAGUGGUUGCAGUACCUGGAGGAUAUGGAAUGCAAGCAGUGGCUCUUAGAGUUGCAGGUGAUAAAGCCAUGUUCUACAAAGUAAAGGUGUUGGGGACACAAGAUACACUCUUGGAUGAGACUGGAUCACACUACUUCUACCAUAGUCACAUUCAAGGAAGUGUAGACUUCAUAUUUGGUAGAUCAAGAUCACUCUACCAGGACUGUGUUCUUCAAUCAACGGCAACGAAUGCGGGAGCAAUAGCAGCUCAUCACAGGGACUCACCAUAUGAAGAUACAGGGUUCUCUUUUAUGAACUGCAAAAUCAUUGGAACUGGCAGUAUCUUAUUGGGAAGAGCUUGGGGAGCUUAUUCAAGAGCAGUGUAUUCCUACUGUCAUUUCGACGACAUAAUAACUCCCUCGGGGUGGAGUGACUGGAACCACCCAGAGAGACAGAAGACUGUGGAAUUUGGAGAAUACCACUGCAGGGGCAGAGGAGCAGCAGAGAGAAGAGGGAGGGUGCCAUGGUUGAAGUCUUUCAGCUUUGAGGAGAUAAGGCCUUUUCUGGAUACCAAAUUCAUAUAUGGAGACCAAUGGCUUAAACUAUAGUUUUGUUCAUUAUUGUAUUAUAAUUUCCCUAUCCUCAUUUUUUACUACACCACUAUGGAAAUGCAAAUAGGCUAAGUACAUAUA